AUGGUGAGAUAUACGCGCAGCACCGAGGGCAAGAAGGUCGCGGACUGUCACUUGCGCGCCGUAUUCACCAAGCUCGCCAAACUCCACGUGAAGCAGAACUUCUCGUUCGCCAUCGUCGUCGGCGACCUGUUCGGCGAUUGCUCAACAGAGAAUGAGCUCGACGAGAUUACCGCUUUACUGCAGGGCAAUAUCAGCGUACCCCUCCCCACCUACUUCACAUUAGGCAAUCGAGCACUACCCACCCGGAUAGUCGAGCAGAUCGAGGCGCAUGACGAGGUGUGCCCGAACUUGUACUUCCUGGGCAAGCGCGGGGUUCUCAAAACCUCCGAGGGUGUGCGGAUUGCGGCACUGGGUGGCAGGUUCGAAGAAACAGAAGCUCACGCCAAGCCGCAAAGCAAUGCGAGCGGCAAAUUCCAGCCCACGUAUGGUGAAGCGGAUGCGCGCGCUCUCUUCGGUACGCAUAGCGCGGACAUCCUGGUUACAAAUCAAUGGCCUAAGGGCAUCCGCGCGGGCUCCAAGGUAGUCGUCCCCGAGGACAAGAGUGCCUUACCAACCGAAGUCCAAUGCGUGGCGGAUGUUUGUUCAACCCUGAAGCCCCGCUAUCACCUCUCCCCAGCAGACGGGUUCUUCUACGAGCGAGAACCUUUUUUCCACAUGCCGACAGAAGAUAACCCCGACGCCAAACCACUCACCCGCUUCAUCGGAAUGGCCUCAUAUGCCUCGAAACAAAAAUGGAUGUACGCCUUCACCUUAGAUCCCAAAGCUGCACCGUCAUUCACCGUUCCCACGGGAGCAACGGCCUCGCCCCUAUCAGCUGGGCAAACCAAGCGCAAACAACUUCCAAACCAGCGCGAGUCAUUCCAGCGCUUCGCCGCGCCCGAAGAUGGCCGGCAUCAAAACAGACAUCCCCGCAAACGUCAGCAGCGACAGCCGCCCCCAGGCCCGGACCAGUGUUUCUUCUGCCUCUCCAAUCCCAGCAUUGCAACCCACCUCAUCACCUCCAUCGGCAAUGAAAGCUACCUCACUACGGCCAAGGGCCCCCUCCCUACCCUCAAAACAUUUCCAUCUCUGGGCUUCCCGGGCCACAUGCUCAUCAUCCCUUUCACGCACACGCCCACCCUGGGUCUCAUCUCAGACCCGGAGUCCCGCUCCAACACUUACACCGAAAUGCAGCGCUACCGCACCGCAUUACACUCCAUGAUCUCCGACCGCUCCGACCGCUCCCUAGGCGCUGUCACCUGGGAAGUCAGCCGCGCCCACGGCAUCCACGUACUCUGGCAGUGGAUGCCCGUGCCCGUGGAUCUAAUCCGGCGGGGACUCGUGGAAGCCGCUUUCAAAGUCGAGGCCGAGAAUCUAAGCUACCCACGUUUCGAAGGCGAGGCGUCAGCGGAUGCCCCCGAAAACGAACCGGGCGACUUCUUCCGCGUCCGCAUCUGGGGUCCCUCGUCUCCCUCUGCAGAAGAAUCGAAAGAGCCAUCGUCAUCAGCAGGUUCAGAAAAGACUCUUCUCCUUCCAUUGACGCCGGAAACACGCUUCGAUGUCCAGUUCGGUCGCCGCGUUAUGGCUAAAUUGCUUGAGUUGGAGAAGCGGAUGGAUUGGCGCGAUGACGUACAGUCUGUUGAGGAAGAGGAGACGGAUGCGAAUGUUUUCAAGGAGUCGUUUAAGAAGUAUGAUUUCUCAUUGGAGGAGUGA